AUGGAGACUAUGGAAUCGGAAGACGUCAGCUCCGGGACUCUCCGGCUGGUGAACAAUUUCUGCAUUUGUGAAGGGUGAAGCAUGCCUCGUUGUUUCAUGUAUGAGAUCUACAUGGACAUCUGUGGGCAAAAUGUUCAGAACCAGGUCAACCCAGCCAGAACCAAGUCACUUGCACUCUUAGUUUUUCCUGAUCUCGGCACGGAGAAACUAAGCAUGAGAGGAAGUCCCAGGCAUCAUUAUGAUGGAAUCUGUAUCAAGAAAAGUUCUUUCUUUUAUGCCCAAUAUGGCUAUCUUCUGACUGAAAAAAAGAUUCACAAUGGAGAUGUCAUUGCCUUUGAAAAAUCUACUAAUUAUUACGGCAUUAUCCAACAAGUUUAUGAAAAUCAUUCACUGAUAACAGAGCCAGUAGGAUUGCCUUUGUCUGAAUUCAGGAGAUGUCUAUUCUGGGAGCAAGAACUGGCAAAGAAGUACCACUAUGAAAUGAUGUCUUUUCUUGCUGAUGAAUACUGCAACUAUUGUCAAGGCAUUUUACAAAAUGUGAAGAACCAAGAACCUGAAAGGGUGGAGAACUUCCUUACUUCCUUCUGCAAAUCUCUGCAGCAAGAUACUGUCAUGCUUAUGUCAUUGCCUGAGGUGUGCCAGCUCUUUAAACCCUAUGAAGUACAGAAGUACAAGGGAAUUAAAGAUGUUCUCCUUAAUGAUUUUCUGGAAGAUGUUUCUAUUUACAUAACUAAAUCUGUCCAGUUAUUUAGUAAGAAACUUAAACUUUGGCUGCUUAAUACUUUGGAUGGCUUUCCAGCCCUCUUACAGAUCUCCAAACUCAAAGUGUGA